AGUGGAGUCCAACACAAGGUCUGAACUCACAACCUUGAUAUCCAAACCUGAGCUGAGAUCAGAGUUGGCCGUUCAACAACAGGGUCACCCAAGUGCCCCCACAAUUUCAGUUUUAAGAUUUAGAUGGUAGAAAUUUCUAACUUACUCAGUUUUUUAAGGAUUUUAUAAAGGAGGGACAGAAGAGUGGACGAAGCAAGUGAGAAAACAGUGAAAGGCUGAGAAACGUUCUUGGACCCUCGGUGUUCUAGGGAAGAAGGCUUUUUUAGGUUGGCAGGUUGCCAUGGCAUCUGGAUCCCAUAUGACUGCUCCCAUUUGUCUGGUGGAAAACAAUAUGCAGCUGUCAGUGAACCAGACAGCUGUACAGAUUCUUGAAGGUAUUUCUCAACCAGUAGUGGUUGUGGCCAUUGUAGGACUGUAUCGUACCGGCAAAUCCUACUUGAUGAACCGUCUUGCGGGACAGAACCGAGGUUUCCCUCUGGGCUCUACAGUGCAGUCUAAAACCAAGGGCAUCUGGAUGUGGUGUGUGCCUCAUCCUUGCAAGCCAAACCACACUCUGGUCCUUCUGGAUACUGAAGGCCUGGGUGAUGUGGAAAAGGGUGACCCUAAGAAUGACUCAUGGAUCUUUGCACUGGCUGUGCUUCUGUGCAGCACCUUUGUCUACAACAGCAUGGGCACCAUCAACCACCAGGCCCUGGAGCAGCUGCAUUAUGUGACAGAGCUCACAGAACUAAUUAGAGCAAAGUCCUUCCCAGAAAAGGAUGGAACAGAAGAUUCUACGGAGUUUGUGAGUUUUUUUCCAGACUUUAUCUGGGCUGUACGGGAUUUUACCCUGGAGCUGAAGUUAAAUGAUCAUCCUAUCACAGAAGAUGAGUACCUGGAGAAUGCCUUGAAGCUGAUACCAGGCAACAACUACAAAAUCCAAGCAUCCAAUCUACUCAGAGAGUGCAUCAGGCAUUUCUUUCCAAAACGGAAGUGUUUUGUCUUUGAUCGGCCAGUAAAUGACACAAAACUCCUAGCUGAUAUUGAGAAUAUACCUGAACAUCAACUGGAUCCUAAAUUCCUGACAGAAGCAAAAAAUUUUUGUUCUUUCCUCACCCAGGCAAGGGCCAAGACUCUCAGAGAAGAAGUCACAGUCACUGGAAAUCGGCUGAAGACUCUGGUGGUGACCUAUGUGGAUGCCAUCAAUACUGGAGAAGUGCCUUGUUUGGAGAACACAAUGACAACACUAGCCCGGUUUGAGAACUCUGAGGCCGUGCAGAAGGCAGCCAACCACUACAGUGAGCAGAUGUCCCAGCGACUGACACUCCCCACAGACACGCUCCAGGAGCUGCUGGAUGUGCAUGCAGACUGUGAGAAGGAAGCCAUUGAAGUGUUCAUGAAGCAUUCCUUCAAGGAUGACAAGCAGAAAUUCCAGAAGUCUCUUGUGGAACUCAUAAUGGAUAAGAAAGAGCAUUUCUUGCAGCAGAAUGAAGAGGCAUCCCUUAAAUACUGCCAGUCCAGGCUUGAUGAAAUGUCACAGGUCCUAAGGGAAAGGAUUUCAGCAGGAACUUUCUCUGUUCCUGGGGGAUACAAGCUCUACAGGGAAGCAAAAGAAAGUAUUGAAUGGAAAUAUUCACAAGUGCCCAGGAAAGGAGUGAAGGCAAAUGAAGUCCUCCAGAGCUUUCUGCAGUCACAGGCUUCAAUAGAGGAAUCCAUCUGGCAGUCAGAUAAAGCCCUCACUGAUGGGGAGAAGGCCAUAGCAGAGGAGCGGGUCAGCAAGGAGGCAGCUGAGAGGAAACAGGAGAUGCUAAAACAGAAACUACUGGAGGAGCAACAGCAUAUGGAGGUUCAAAAAAAGACUCUCCAGGAAAACAUAGACCAACUGAAAGAGAAACUGGAGAAUGAGAGAGAAAAACUAAUAAAAGAACAGAACGCGAUAUUGGAGCAUAACUUGAAGGUCCAACAAGAUCUAUUAAAUGAAGGAUUUAGAGAGAAAUCUGAGAGGAUGGAGGCAGAGAUAAAGAAGUUGAAAUCUAGGCUUGCUGCUACUAAAAGUAACACUCCUUCCUGGGUUACACAAGCUGUGGAGGGAUUAGGCCAUGACUUUAUUAAAAUAGUUACUGCCCCUGUUAGAUUUGUUGAUCACCUAGUGACAGGUAUAUUAUCACUAUUUAAAGGGAAUUAGCACUCCUUUAAAAGGACAGCUAUAUACUCCUGUGGCUAUAUCCUCUGGCUUAUUUUUGGUGCUCAUGGUUUUCACUUUUAUUCAGCAAAGUUUUGAAUAUAAAAAUUGCCUAUAAGAGAAUGUCAGUGCCUGACUCACAUUAGAAAGAAUAAGUGCAUGUAUACUUCCAUAUGCCGUGUUAAUUUUUAGGAAGUAUGCAUGUGCAAAAUUGUAAAUAUAUAUAAAAUACACUGAGGCAUCACUUUAAAUGACAAAAGAUUGCUUAAUUCAAUUAUUUAAGUAUCUAUCUACAUAAAUUGGUAGUAUAAAUUGAACAUGUGCAUGCGUGGGAGUACUGUGUAGCCAGUAUCCUGGGGAAAUGGGAAUGCCCGGACAUUUGUGGAUUCUUGCAAUCAGAAUCCAAGUCAGCAGUGACACCCAGAUACCAGAAAGACGCACAGUCUCCUUAUUAAAACAGGACACAUAGGAUCCAGUAAAAAAAUGCAGUCCUGGACCAGGAGCAACUAAAUGGGGUCUAGUAUUGGUUUUCAAAUAAGAGUAAAGUUUAUCUGAGAACAAGAACCAUUACCUACUUUUCUGUACAUCUCUUCAAAGUAUGUUUAGGCCUAGAAUGUAGUAUAUAUGCAUUUCCUAGAAAAACAAAAUGUUGACACCUCCAUGAUCGUUUUCAAUUGCCAGAAUUCUACAAACACUCCAAAGGUCUGAGUUAAUAGAUAGUUUGGAUUUUAGACACGAGAUGAAGGUCUCCAAGAUGAUUUAAAGGCUGGGAGAACAAGACACACUUUUCUGGUGAUGUCUCCUACUCUGUGACCUUAUGUAUACAACCCCUGUGUCUCUGCAAGGAUGUCAACACAUCUUCACUGCAGAUUUUAAACUGACCCAUCUGCUGUGGAUUCAAACAUUGAGAAGGAAAAAGGGCUUUGCAUUUUUAUGAAAGAAACAUGUAAUGAUGAAUAUGUGGCCAAUAAAUGGUGUGAUUUACUGAAAAAGCAAGCUUUUCUAUAGAAAUAUCUGUUCUCAUUGAGAGCUUGAAUCAAAUAGAUGUUUGACAACCUGGGUAUAGAGACACCCUAAACUGAAGAACAAAAAGAAAAAAAACUUGCUUUUUUAGAUUCGCCAUGUAAGUGAGAUCAUACACUCUUUAUCUUUCUCUGUCUGAAUUUUCUCACUAACAUAAUGUGCUCAAGGUUAUAGCAGGAUACCCUCUUUUUAUCAGGGCUGAAUAAUACUCCAUUGUGUAUAUGUACCAAAUCUUUUUUACCUAUUCAUCCACUGAAGUUCAUUUAGGUUGUUUCGAUAUCUUGGCUAUUGCGAAGGUUGUGAUUAAUAUGGGAAUGCAUUCAUCUCUUCAAAAUAUUGUUUUCAUGUCUUUUCAAUAAACAUUUACCAUGUGUUGAUCACCUAAAAAUAAAGAAAAUGUUUUCAAAAGAGGUUAACAAUUUAUUCACACCUUUAUUCUAAUAUUAUUCUAUUCUAAAGAACUCUCAGUUUUAAUAAUUUUGACUAUUUACUAAACACCUAUUCACUCCGGCCAUUAUUUUGGAUUCUAUGAAGAUAGGAAAGUAAAUAUUUUGUCCUCAUGCAGCUUACACUCUAGAGGGACCUUAAACAAUGUUAUUUAGUUGAUAAUAGAGGCUGUGAAUGUAUAUACAUAUUUAUGUUUUUUUUCUGGACAGUGAUUAAGACUCAGAGUACAAACAAAUAUUCUGCUUGUAAGUUUAGCUUCAAUAUAAUUCAUACUGCCUGAAAAUAAAAUUGCUUGUUCCUUCAGGAAAUAUCUUUGAGUUCUAAGGACUGUCUGCCAUCACAUUAAAGCACA